AUGUCUUCAACAUCAACUGCUGCAGAUGAAAAGAAAUCUCAGAUCUUACAACAAGAGUACAACAGGUACCAGGAGCUAAUACAAGAAUUGGAAACUCAAUCGUCGACACUUGCAUCACAACUUCAAGAGCACAUUAUUGUUGAUCGCAGUCUCACGGCAAUAGCGCCGGAAAAGAGACAAGGUCGCAAAUGUUUUAAAAUGAUUGGUGGUGUUUUAGUUGAAAAAUCAAUUGAUGAGGUGAUCAAGAUCUUGGCAGAUGAGGUUAAAGAGUUGACUAAGCAAAAGGAAACUGUUGAUGAAGAGUUAAAAAACAAUAGAACUACUCUAGAAAAGUGGAUCUCGUUAAACAAGAUCAAAGUUGUUAAAGGAUAA